GAUAUGAUGGCACGAGUAAUGUGUUGGCCGGGAAGUUGUUUGGCAUACCUGUCGUUGGUACCCAUGCUCAUUCUUUUGUCUCAGUCUACCAAGAAAAGACAGCCUCGUCGUGCAUAAAUGACACGGUGAACCAUGUGAAAGCCUCCCAUGGAAAUGGUACAAGCGUGAAUGAUUGUGCUGAAGCCAAUGGGUUGCUUGACUUGCACGAAGAGCCUUUGGAUUUGAACAGAUUCAUGGAGCGGUGCUGGUACUGGUCUCGACAUUUGGGCACAGUGCUGGACUAUAUUCCGGAUCAGUUGCACGCAGGCGAAUUGGCUGCGUUCGCUAACUACGCAUACGCGUUUCCCUCCCAGUUUGUCGGUCUCAUUGAUACCUACGAUGUCCUCAAGUGA